AUGGUCGCCAUCCCUGCUGGAGUAUUUAUGAUGGGCACAGAUGAUCCUCAGAUCAAGCAGGAUGGGGAAGCUCCUGCAAGGAGAGUCACCAUCGAUGCCUUCUACAUGGAUGCCUAUGAAGUCAGUAAUGCCGAAUUUGAGAAGUUUGUGAACUCAACCGGCUAUUUGACAGAGGCUGAGAAGUUUGGCGAUUCCUUUGUCUUUGAAGGCAUGUUGAGUGAACAGGUGAAGACUGAUAUCCAACAGGCAGUGGCCGCAGCUCCCUGGUGGUUACCUGUUAAAGGAGCUGACUGGAGACACCCUGAGGGGCCCGACUCUACUGUUCUGCACAGGCCGGAUCAUCCAGUUCUGCAUGUCUCCUGGAAUGAUGCUGUUGCCUACUGCGCAUGGGCAGGGAAGCGGUUGCCCACGGAGGCUGAGUGGGAGUACAGCUGCCGGGGAGGCCUGCACAACAGGCUUUUCCCCUGGGGCAACAAGCUGCAGCCGAAAGGCCAGCAUUAUGCCAACAUUUGGCAGGGAGAGUUUCCCGUGACCAACACUGGUGAGGACGGCUUCCGAGGAACUGCGCCUGUCGACACCUUUCCUCCCAAUGGCUACGGCCUGUACAACAUUGUAGGGAAUGUGUGGGAGUGGACUGCAGACUGGUGGACGGUUCACCACUCAGCUGAAGACAUGCCCAACCCAAAGGGGCCUCCAUCUGGGAAAGACCGUGUGAAGAAAGGUGGAUCGUAUAUGUGCCACAAGUCCUACUGCUAUAGGUAUCGCUGUGCUGCUCGAAGCCAGAACACACCGGACAGCUCUGCGUCCAACCUGGGAUUCCGUUGUGCAGCCGACCGCCUGCCCUCUAUGGUCUGACAGCCAAGAAGAAGUUGUGGUGUCUAACCUGCACUCGGUUUCCUUCAGAACGCUGAACAAUCUUGGGCAAAGAACGCCCACCCUGAGGUGGGCUGCCUUCUGCCUGGUGGCCAAAGCAACUGUCUUGCGAGACCAAAUCUCUGACCUGUGUUAGUGCACGUGCUUUUUUGGGGUACAUCCUUAAUUGCUGUGUCUUACUUUCAAGAGCCUUUUAAAGAAGAAGGGGGAGAGCAGGGCCUCUCAAGAGGCUCAGGAAGGCUGCGUUCUGCCCAGGCUCUGCCUGAGAAUCCUGCACUUCCCCUGCCUCGGCCUCCAUUCAUUCCCUCGUCUACUGGGUACGUGGAGAGACAACAUGAGCUCUGAUGUUCCCUGCAGAUGUAUUGUGAGAAUAUAUGACAGAUUAUUUUUUAGCCUUUUGUUGUUGUCUUGUUAUAGUGUAAGCCUUGGGUGAUACUAAUCAUGUAAAGUAAGAGUUUCACAUAAUAUUUUCAGAAAAGGCUAGGGGCGAGCCCUUUAGAUUCAAACUGCACUUUUACUUUCCCCCCCAAGGAAAUCAGUGUCUUUCAGAUUGUUACAGUACUCCCAUGUGUGCCAGUGAUGGUAUGCAUGGCUCAACAAUCUGGCCAAGAUGGUCUGUGGGGUGACCCUGCUGUGCUUUAUCUUCUAAUUCUAAGUGCCUUUGGCUCAGAGGGGUGGGUGGAAAGUCCCCUUCUCUCCAAAGCCUUGGGUGAAUGUGAAAUGUGUACACCACCGGGAAAUUGCUCAGUCUAGGUACGGGAGAAAGGGAGCCAGGACUUUGAGUCAGCUGUAUUCAGGGUUCCCAGUAUUUUGUAAUAGAGAAGUAGGAAACCUUGUAUGGAGUCUCAGAUGCUUUGAGUCCUGCACUGUGUCCAAUAAAUUGGUAUCUGCUACACCA